AGUCAUGACGAAUCGCGAGAGAUUCGAUGCACUUGAGGAAAGCGUGAGGUCCCUUGGCAACGGACAACACGUGGUCAAUGAAAACAUGGCAAAGUUGGAGCUGAUGAUACACGACUUGGCGGGACAGCUCGAGAGAGUCAACCACCAUACGCGGAGGAGCCGCACAUUAAGAUCAACCUUGGCGGGAAUGGGCAGGUCGACGUCUAGUCGCGAUGACGACGACAAACGGUCGCGGGGAACGCGCGCGAUGCGCACUACCCGACACCACGGAGAUCGCAGGAUGCACGGCCAUCGGCAUCAUCGCGAGGAGCACGUACGUGCGAAACCGAAGAUAACGAUGCCGACGUUCGAAGGAGUAGAUCCGGAUGCAUGGUUAAGUGGUGCCGUGCAAUUUUUCAAAAUCAAUGAGGUACACAAGUCUGAAAGAGUUCAAAUUGUUGCCUACUACUUGGAUGGUGAAGCCAACACAUGGUGGCAAUGGGUGUCACAUGUUUACAAGAAUAAAGGCGAGCAAAUUAGAUGGAGAGAUUUUGAGAAGGAGCUCAUCGCCAGGUUUGGAUCUAGUGAAUACUAUGAUUACGAUGAGGCUCUGACAAAGAUCCGUCAAACUGGAAGUCUACGCGACUAUCAGAAGGAGUUUGAGAGGAUUGCAAGUCGGGUCCGGGAUUGGCCCGAAAAGGCACUUGUAGGUGCGUUU